AUCAACUUUUUGCCAGCCUCCCCCCCCCGCUUUCUUUUUCUUGGCGUGCAUCUGCAUUGUGUGAUCUGUCACAACAAUCCGGACUCCUUUCGCAACCUGUCCAACAAGCCAUGGCUGCAGCGGAUGAGGACGCGGCUGCUGCAGACCGCCACAAUGCCUCUGAGACGACCUCCGUGUCCGCAGGCAGCACUCCGCCAGACCCAGCAGGCCAACAACCGCUGUAUCGGCAACCCAGUGUGCCCAGUGUGCCCAGUGUGCCCAGUGUGCCCAGCGCGGCCAGUGGACGCCCAGCCGCCGAAGCUGAGGCGCCGCAGACGUCCGUUCGAGUCGCUCUUCGGGUUCGACCUCAAAAUGCGCGAGAGAAAAUCGGCAUGUGCCAAGUGUGCUUGACACGCAUUCCCGGCAGUCCGCAGAUUGUACUUGGAAAAGAUCGCUCCUUCACGUUCGACCACGUGUUUGAUAUGACAUCCUCGCAGGAAGAGAUUUACGCGUCAUGCGUCCAACGCCUCGUGGAUGGGUGCUUUCGCGGCUUCAAUGCCACUAUUCUUGCGUACGGCCAGACUGGUUCCGGCAAGACGUAUAGCAUGGGUACUGGCUUUGAUUUGAAUCUUCCAGCCGAACAACAAGGAAUUGUCAUUCGUGCGAUUGAUCACAUCUUUGGCACCAUCGAUCGUGCUCGAAGCGACGCUAUGGCCAAGCACGCACCCGUGCCCACGUUCGAGAUUUCCGUGUCGUUCAUGGAGCUCUACAAUGAGGAGAUUAUUGACUUGCUGGAUACGUCGCUCCGAGAGAGCGGUAGCGUCCAGCGUGAGCUCAUCAAGGGGAAAAAAUCGAGCAUCACUGUUCGCGAAGACCCGUCGGGCGAGGGCAUCUCGGUUGUUGGUGUCAAAAUCGAGACAGUGCCUACCAAGCAGGAUUUGCUUGCUUGCUUGCAGCGGGGUUCGCUCCAACGCACCACCGGCAGCACACAAAUGAACGCCACCUCCUCUCGAUCCCACGCACUCUUCACCAUUUACUUGCAACAUCGUCGUCCUGCGGCAUCACCGGCAAACAGCAACGACAGCAACAAGAACUCAAGCAUUGAGUACGAGACGCUGCAUGCCAAGUUUCAUUUUGUCGAUCUGGCUGGUUCAGAAAGGCUCAAACGAACAAACGCAUCCGGCGAUCGUGCAAAGGAAGGCAUCUCCAUCAACGUUGGCUUGCUGGCGCUCGGCAACGUCAUUAGCGCCCUCGGCGAUCCGUCCAAGAAGGGAGCACACGUGCCGUACAGAGACUCGAAGCUCACGCGCAUGCUGCAAGACUCGUUGGGCGGCAACAGCCAAACAUUAAUGGUUGCCUGCGUGUCGCCUUCCGACUGCGACUUUAUGGAAACACACAGCACUCUGCAGUAUGCAAACCGCGCUCGCAACAUUCAAAACCGUGUCGUUAUCAACCAAGAUAGCCACGCUGUCGAAGUUGCCAUGCUCCGACAACAAAUUCAAUCGCUCAAGCUCGAGUUGCUCGAGUUCAAGUCUGGCAACCGAAAUAGCUUUAUGGGCAUGGGAGCGACCGCGCCCAUCGACGAUCCAUUGGUACUUCGCGACCUCAAAGACGAAGUGGCGCUGCUCAAGGCCGAGAAUCAACAGCUGCGGUUCCAAGUCUCCUCGCGGGCUGCCGCUGUAGACGAACUGACAGAGCGACUGGCCGACGUGCAGACACAGGCGGCGGGUGCUUCGCUUGACAAGGAUGGCCAAGAGUUGCUCAGCGCCUGCCUGAAGGAGAACGAGGACAACAAGCUCAAGCUUCGCGAAACGGAGGCGCAGCUGUUGGCCCUCACUCGAGCGCUACCUCGACCGCCAGCUCGCGUUGCAGCGGCUGCAGCGACCGCACGCGCUGGAUUUGUACCUGUGCGGCGGUCCGACCUCGCCAACAACAGUUCUGGUGACGAAGACAACGCCAACAGCGCCGUCGGUGAAGAACUCACCGAAGACAGCACCGAACCCGACGACCGCGGUGGUGAAACUGACGACGAGCACGCCAACGACGAUGACGACGACGACAAUGAUGACGACGAGGGUGGGGCCGACGAAAUGCCGCCGCUUGACUCGAGCAGCUUGGCAGAAUCUCUCCGCCAGCUGACUGUUGAAAUUGCAACGAAAGAGCGGCUUGUUCAAGAGCUGGACGAGACGCAACGCCGAAUGCACAGCAUGAAGACACAGUUUGAAGAGAAGCUGGCCGCGCUGUUGGAGUCUAUUCGCGAAGUCGAACUCGAGCGGGACAAGGUGCUGCAAGCGAUGCAUCAACUCGAGUCGAGUGCCGUCGAGGAAAAGCAAACAAUCAAGGGUCAGCACCAGCAAAAGCUCACGGCCCUGACAGAGCAACUUGCUGCCCUGAAGCUGCAGCAACGUGAGCAUGCAAGCAUGUCGGCGGCGCGAGCUCGCAGCGAAAGGACUAUUACGACCCUGCAGUCGGAGGUGGAAGCCAUGAAAAAGGUCAAGGUUCAGCUCAUGGGCCAAAUCAAAGAGGAGGCGCGACGCAGCCGUGAGCAGCUGGACUCGCAAAAUCGAGAAGUCAUCCAAUUGCGCAAGAAAAACCAAACACUGGAAACGAAUCUCAAGCAGCUUGAGCUGCAAAAGCAGCAGCAAGAAGUGGUACUGAAACGCAAGAUUGAAGAAGCGGUGUUGAAACGCAAGAAGGAAGAAGUGUCCCUUGCACAGCGUCGAGCGCGUGCGCACAUGUCCUUGCCGGCCAGCGCCGCGUCUGCGACCAUCCUGCCGGUUUCAAGUUCCAGCGUCCUUUCAUCAUCCAGCUCACACUCCAAUCAGCCCAGAGCUGUGUCAACCAAAGCCGUUAGUCGGCAUGUGUCAUUCAAAAUCCCCACCUCCGCUCCCAGCAUGCCAACUGUUGCUGCUGUAACGCCCAAUGGUGGCACGCUUUCCACCGCGACCGUCCCCACCUCCGGCUCCACCCUCCGUCGAAGACAUUCCGAAAAGAGCACGAAACGGCCCACCGCUUACCAAACGCCCCAACAAAUUCGGCAACUUGAGCAAGUGCAGACGCUCGAAACUGAACUCCAGCAGCUGCGAAGCUUGCAUCAGCAACACCUCUCUGGUGGUGGUGCUGGGACUGGCGCUGACGGCAAAGAGCCUGUGUCGACAACUUAUCCCAACGCUAUGGCCAGCUCCAGCUCCAGCUCCAGCUUCAGCAGCCGAAACACUGCUCCCAAGCACAAUGUGGACAGCAGCGUGGCGGGUGUCAAGCGAAUGCGCGUUAUGCUCGAUCGCGAGUUCAAACGACUUGUUCUGCGCAAGGAGACGCAAAACCGCAUGGAGCAGCUGCUGGAGACGCGCCGAAAGCUCGUGGACGAUCUGGGCCGCAUCCAGGACCAGGCGGCCGAAGGCGGACAAAACGAGGCGACUCAAGACAGUCUGAAUGCUGAAAUUGAGUUUGUCAACGAGUCCAUUCAACAACUGCAGCUCGAAGUCAUGGAGCAGGAUGAAGUGGCUGCCGGAGCGAUCGCCAUCAAUGGAAUUUCAGCAGAUCCAGCCGUGCAGGCAUCUGCCAUCAUCCAACGCUGCUCGCCGUCCGAGUGUCGCGUGCUGCUGGAAAAGCUCUUCCAAGAAUCCGUGGACAUGUCCGUUGCCCACCGCGUCCACGCCGCGCGUCAUCGAGAUCUGGAAGCGCGGCUCAAGUCCACUGAAGCGUCGCUGAUGCUUCUUGCCAGCGGCGGUGUCGCACCCACUUCGCGCCCAGGCUCGGCCCGGUCGCCUGGUCCUCAAACAAUCAUCGAAGAAGACGGUCCGAGUCGCUCCCUCAGGACGAGCACGAGCUCCAGCGGUCUCGCAGACACGGUUCUCAACAACCAGCAGAUUGGGGGAUCUCGCAGCCUGCGGACUUCGAUGAUUGAGACAGAUUCGAGCAGUCCACUGUCGUUCACAGAAGAAGCCAGCUCUUCCUCCUCGCUGCCCAUCCCCAGUGGAGAUGAGAUACGCGCUCGAAGCGUUAGCUUUGACACUGGCAGCAGGAGGCAGCUACGUUCGCAAGCCUCUGCCGCGUCAGUUCCUGCGGCUUCGUCAUCAUCAUCGUCAUCGUCAUCUGCAUCUGCAUCAUCGACCCAGUCAGAUGUGUUUGCACGACUCCAUGGCGCUGGUAGCGUCUCUGGUGGAGAGAGCGACGCCCCGGUUGCUCGAGUCGUUUCCCACUUGCAUGCAUCGGCUUCCGGUGGAAGCUCCCCGCUGUUUCCACUCGUUGCGGCUCCGCAGUCCGGCACCGUCUCUGCAGCGAGUUUCUCAUCCGCAUUUGCACUCACGCAUUCCAGCUCCAGCUCCUCCUCACCCUUGACUGGGUCCAACUCGUCGCCUGCUGCCCUCUCGGCGUCGUCAGGUUCCUCCCUGCUGACAUGCACCCACACCUUGUAUGGACACGCUGGCGCUGUUUUGGCGCUGGCAGCCCACGGCCAGCUGCUGUACAGUGGUUCGCAGGACACGACUGUCAAAGUGUGGAAUCUUCAGCAAGAGGCAGAGGUCGCUGUCCUUCCAGGUCACCCAGGCCAUGUGCGCGCUCUCGGCAUCACGCGAGAUGGCGAAACACUCUGCACCGCGUCGAACGCCAUGCUCCGCAUAUUUGACACACCAACCGCGCGGUGCGUUCGGUCGCUCGCGCUUCCGGGCGUGACUGCAAUCUACUCGCUUGCCGUGGAAGAGUCGCUCGUGUAUGCCGCAACGAAUCAGUCGCUUCGUGUGAUUGACCUGCGCUCGUCCAGUAGCUCGGCUGUUCGCACCGUUCCUGGCCGUGGCGCAGUCCUGUCCGUUCUGCUGGCUUCUGGCGCUCUGUUCGAUCCUAGUUUGGCGGACAGACGAUUCCUGUUUGCCGGAACUCGUGACCACUACGUCAAAGUUGGCGACCUGGGCUCGUCCGAGCUCCGCGACUUCCGCGAGCUUCGCGAACUCCAGCCCCCGCAUUAUGAUGGCAUUUCGUCGUUGGCUGCGUCGCGUGGUGUUGUGUUUAGUGGUUCGCGCGACGGCAGCCUCAAACUGUGGGCACCGACCGUUUCUCCAGCCGAAUCGUCUGCGAGCGACGUUGCCUCUGUCGGAAGCAUCACCUGGGCCUCAAAGGCUGUAAUCAACGCUCACGACGACUGGGUGCAAUCCCUUGCCACCAUGCAUUCCGGCCAUGUGAUUAGCGCGGGGCGCGAGGGCUUGAUGAAAGUGUGGUCGCUUCGAGGCGAAUGCAUUGCUGAGACCAGGGCCCACGACACUGCCGUGAACGAUUUGAUUGUGCACGACCAUCUAGUCAUGACAGCAUCCGGCGACCGGACGAUCAAAGUGUGGCGUGUGAACGAAGGCUCUUCGAGCCUUUCAUCCAGUUGAUUUUGUUCUUCUUCAUUCGAUUUUGUUCAGAUUUCUGCAAUUUUUGUAAUUUUUUUAAAGAGUAGUAAAA